AGGAUUGCAUUGGAGUGAUAGAUGGCAUGCACAUCCCUGCACAUGUACCAGCCAAAGAUCAAUCUAGGUUUCGUAAUAAAAAAGGUAUUCUAUCACAAAAUGUGUUGGCAGCUUGCACAUUUGACCUCCAGUUUAUAUUCAUUUAUCCUGGAUGGGAAGGCUCAGCUGAGGAUUCACGUGUGUUACGAGCUGUCCUUGAUGAUCCGGAUCAGAAUUUCCCUCAGAUUCCUGAAGGUUGUCUCCAAAUUAGCCAUUACAGAGCCAGUUGCUUCUUCAUUUUGUUUUUGUAAUUUCACAUAUCAUACAUUUCAAACUAGCCCUGAAUUUAUUCAUAAGGAGUUCUAUGUUACAGGAAAAUACUAUCUUGUUGAUCCAGGCUACUCAAAUAGGGAUGGAUUUAUUGCUCCAUUUCAAGGAGUUCGGUACGACCUCCACGAAUACAGGGGUGUCAAUCAGUUACCAAGAAAUGCAAAGGAGCUGUUUAAUCACCGUCACUCCUCUUUAAGAAAUGCCAUCCAGAAGUCUUUUAAUGUGUUAAAAAUGCGAUUUCCAAUUCUCAAGCUUGCUCCUCAAUAUGCUUUCCACACUCAAAGAGACAUUGUUAUAGCAGCGUGUGUAAUACAUAAUCACAUCCGACGCGAGGAGAGAAAUGAUUUGCUGUUUAACAGUGUUGAAGGAGGCACAGUUGACGAUGGUUUGCCUGAUUUGGAUGAUCAACCUGAUAUGCUUUUGGCUGCCUCUAUACAAGAACAGAUUGCAUCGUCAUUAAGGGACUCGAUUACUGCAGCAAUGUGGAAUGACUUUGUGCAUAAGUGGGAUGAGUGGUGAGUGGUGAGUGGUAGAUGGUAGUUAGCAGCAAUGAGGUUCUUGUAAAGGUUCUUUUGAUGUUUAUUUUUUCUGGCUAUUAGUUACUGAGCGGGUAAUUGUGUUAUGAAUUGUUUAAUUUUGUGUUUAGCACUGGGACAGGAUAGAUAUGCCUGACAGUUGUGGAAAACUCAUAGUACUACUUGGUGGGGAGAAUAGUAGAUAGCAUUUUGGUGACUUAACCUGUAUCUGUCGAUCUGUUUUGUGCUAGAACUGUAAUGACAUAGCGUACUGACGUUACUGGGCUCUUGAGUAUUGUAAUGCUGAUUUGUUCUAAUACAUCACUAGCUAUUCAACAUUCU